AUGUCAACAGCGAUGAUCCUACCUAAAUAUAUACAGUCACGCAUAGUGGAGUGCACUUUCAAGAGUGCCAACAACCCAGACGACCAAACGUGGACCCAUUCCAAGCGACUUGCUCUUGUUUGCUGGGCCUUUCACUCGUUUGUCAAGUCACUCAACAACGAUGUGUCCGACCUAGCCCUGCUUGCACAUGCCCGAAAGUCUGCUGACCAACAACGAUACUCAAUCAUCUCUGGCCGUAUCAAGAGUCUCAGCUUUGACUAUUCAUGUAGCAGCGGUUGGCGUGCAAAGAGUGAGAGUCCAUCGACAAAGGAGUCAUUGCACCAGCUCCUAUCGACGCUGACCACCGUGGCUGGAUCAUUGGAGGAGAUACACCAACUGAAAAAACACUUUGGAGUUGGGAAGACAGUGACCAGCAUCACCUCUGAGAGAUCCACCCGCAUAACUUGGAGGGGCCAUGGUGUGGCGAGCAUUGGCACUGAGCACUUUCCAGCACUCCAAUCUCUGACAUUCCUUCCUCCCAAAAACGAAGACCUGGACCAGCUUGCCCUCUACCAACAGGUGAUGUCAAGUCAGUUCUCAACAAUCACAUCACUUCAACUGCGCUUCAUUCCACCAACGGCUGUUGGCGCAUUCGACACGCUCCAUCAGUUGGUCAACCUCAAGAAGCUGAGGAUCGAGCGAUGGUGCGAUUGCUUCUCACCGAUUCUCUCGUACCUUGGUCGUCCGUCAACACAGCUACGAUCACUCUUCAUAGAGUUCUUUAGCGAGGAUGAUGACGAGCCAUCGGUCAGCCCAGCAGCCUUGUCACUGUUGGAGUUCCUCUUCACCAACAAAUCUUGCACAGUGACCAAACUUGGUGAGAUUGACCCCUGCACACUGCUUGCCCUGCGCAGACCGCUCAAGUCACUCCGUCUCAGAGACACGUUGCCGUCUUGUAAGCAGCAACAGCCACAACUCACAACUCGCUUGACAUCGUUCCAAGACAAUCUUAUGAUACUCAAGGGCAAUGUGGAGUGUGUCUCCAUUCAGGUUUAUGGUGGUUAUAUCUCAAGGGCAAUAUUGGACAUGCUCUCACUUCAAUCGGUUCCAAUCAAGAGGCUGACUCUUUGGCUUCUUUGGGAAGACAAGCUCAGUGAUUAUCAUUUCGAUGAGUUCCUUCAAGCGAUGAAGCAGAGUUACAUCAAAUACUUCGUCUUCCAGGCUUGGCCAUUGGCAGACGACUCUCAAAUCCCAGCGUUGGCCCGUGUCAUCAACAGCCAUCAUUCCAUCCUCAACAAGACCAUGUUUCCACUUUAUUGA